AUGGCACAACCAGAAAAGGACAGUGCAGUUCCUUCGGCGCCUCCCGCUUCUCUCGUUCCAGAGCAGCCUGCGGUGCUCAGUUCCAAAGACAAGACCACAAAAAGACUCAUUGUGGUGUUGAGUCAGGCAUGUUUAGAGACCCACAAGGUCAGCACCAAUGGACCUGGUGGAGAUAAAUAUGCGUUGUUGAACUGUGACGAUCACCAGGGGUUGCUCCGGAAGAUGGGUCGUGACAUAGCGGAAGCGCGGCCCGAUAUCACCCAUCAAUGCCUUUUGACGUUGUUGGAUUCUCCCAUUAAUAAAGCUGGAAAACUCCAAGUUUACAUCCAAACCGCCCGCGGGGUGUUAGUGGAGGUGAACCCCAGUGUCAGAAUACCCAGAACUUUUAAACGGUUCUCCGGGUUGAUGGUGCAGUUGCUUCACAAGUUGAGUAUUCGCUCGGUCAACUCUGAAGAGAAGCUCUUAAAGGUGAUCAAAAAUCCUAUAACCGACCACUUGCCCACCAAAUGCAGAAAGAUAACGCUUUCCUAUGACGCCGAGAUCCAAAACGUACAGACUUAUAUAAAAAAAUUGGACGACGAUGAGAGUAUUUGUGUGUUCGUCGGUGCGAUGGCCCGAGGUAAGGAUAACUUUGCUGAUGAGUACGUUGAUGAAAAAAUCGGACUUUCCAACUAUCCGUUGUCGGCGUCGGUGGCAUGUUCCAAGUUCUGCCACGGCUGCGAGGAUGUAUGGGGUAUCAUUUAA